AUGAAAUGUGUAACGUGCCGAAAAGUAAUCGGAAAAUCUUAUCCCGCACCAGAAAUUCCACCAUUACCAAAAGAGAGAGUUCAAGAUGCCACACCCUUUAGCAUCACCGGUGUAGACUUCACAGGUGCGUUAACGACAAGAAACAGACACAACGAAGAAUCGAAGGUUUACAUUUGCCUAUUUACAUGUGCUGUCACUCGAGCAGUACAUUUGGAAUUAGUUUACGAUCUCAGCGAAGAAUCUUUUUUAUUGUGUUUCCGGAGAUUUGUAAGUCGACGAUCAGUGCCGAAAACUAUGAUGUCAGAUAAUGCGUUAACAUUUAAAGCUGCUUCAAUCGAAAUUUCACGACUUUGCAAUUCUAAAAAAGUUAAAGAAAAUAUUCAGAAUUAUGGCAUUGAAUGGAAAUUCAUCCCAAAUAGAGCUCCAUGGUUCGGGGGCAUGUGGGAAAGAAUGAUUGGCUUAACAAAAACAUCACUUAAGAAAGUAUUAGGACGUGCACAUGUUAACGACGAGACUCUAAGGACCGUAUUAACAGAGAUCGAAGCCACACUCAACGAUCGACCAGUGACGUAUAUUUCAACAGAUAUCAGAGAUCCGGAGCCGCUUACACCAUCCCAUCUUAUACAUGGACGAAGAAUAACAACUUUACCGUAUGUAUCGUCAAAUAGUGAUAUUGACAAUCUAAAUGUUUGUGAAUUAACACACACAAACUUGAACAAUCAAACGAUACGACAGAGACAAUUGAUUGAGAAUUUCUGGACGAGAUGGAAAGGAGAAUACCUUACUUCAUUGCGAGAAUAUCACCAAAGAGCUGGAGUCGACGUUCGGAAGAUUAAAGAAGGCGAUGUCGUUCAGAUACACGACGAAUCAAAGCGCGUACAUUGGAAACUUGGAGUUGUGCAGGACACUAUUAAAGGCAAGGACGGCUUAGUACGCGUCGCUAUGGUGCGUACCAAAUCAGGAAUUACAAAUCGACCCGUGACGAAACUCUACCCAUUAGAAGUCAACAGCAUGGACUGUUAUCUGAGACGAAGUGAACGAAGAAACUAA